AUGCCAAAAAGAUUGAAACACGAUUCACGUAAAGAUGCUGAUGCACCUACUAUCCUUUCAACGUCAUCCAGUGGUCCACCAAAGUGGAGGCAAUCACCAAUUGAUUUGAGAACAAUCAAUACUUGGAUUCAAAAGUUUCCACCUUUAUUGUUAACCGGUUAUUGGUUAAAAAAAGGAAAAGCAAUUAUAACGAACACAGGAAAAACAGUUAACAUAGAAUUAUCGAAUCAAACUAUCGAACCUUAUAUACAUGGUGGUCCAUUGAACGAGGAUGAAUUUAAAUUAAAAAAUGUACAAUUUCGUUGGGGUCCAACCGAUUCUCGUGGUGCUGAACAUUCUAUCGACAAUAUUUGGUAUUCAAUGGAGGCCCAAGCAUUGCAUUGGAAUACCAAAUAUGGUUCGUUAGAAAAAUGUUAUGACAAAUCCGACGGUAUUGCAAUAAUUGCAUAUUUGAUGCAGGUAGUUGGAUGUCAAGGAAUGCCAGAUAAUCCUGCAAUUGCACGUGUCACUGAUAAUUUAUCAAGAAUUAAGAAAAUGGGUAGUAGUAUAGAAGUCACUCCUGAUUGUUUAUGGUGGAUGCUGCAUGGUUGUUCAGAGCCUGGUUAUUUUACGUAUUUGGGUUCUCUUACAGUGCCACCUUUUAACGAAUGCGUUAUUUGGAUUAUAAUUUCUCAUUCCAUUAAAAUUUCUUCCAAUCAAAUGAACGCUUUUCGAAGUAUUUACGAUUACAAAUGGGAUCCAAUCGUGAAUAAUUUCAGACCGCAACAGGAUCCUUGCGGUAGACGAAUUUUUUACGACACAGGAUUCACAUCUGCCCACUUUCGUGAUUGAUUAAUUAAUUAAUGAAAAAAUUGAUUGCGGCAAUUGGCACUGAAUUUAUUUCUAAUUCGAUUUGUAUCGUUUUUUUCGAUACGAAUCAUGGAGAUCAUCGUUGAUUAAACAUGGAACUCGAUCCGCCAUUAAACAUUUCACAAUAUCAGUUUCGCAUUAAAUAUAAAUUAACAAGUGAUAUUUAAUUAAUAUAUUUUACAGCAUGACACUUUCUCUUCCAGAAUAUUACAAGGGUGUAAUUGGUAAGUAUAAAAAGAAAAAAAAAAUAGAAUAAAUUAUAUGACAAUUGUUUAAAGUAACAAAUAAAUAGGUUAUGUUUUGAUUAAUCUACCAAAUUUUUAUAAAUAUCAUUACAUUAAUAUUACAAAUAUUUAAAAUUCAAUGUAUUCAAUGUUAAAUGAAAAUGAGGGACUAAAAAGGUUUGGCAAAAAGUGGACAAUCACCGAUAGAUUUGGAUGACAAUAUAAUUCGUCGUAAAAGAUA